UUUGACAGGUAGAUUGCAUGGAUCUCGAUUGUUUUUAGUAUUUUUCCUUUCUUAUAGUUCCGUAUCAUUAGUUUGGUUUAUUUCCUAAUGCUAUGACAAUUACUGAGGCUCUAAGCCUCUAUCAACAUGGUUCUAAACGCCGCUGUGCAGAUGCUGAGGGAGGCAGAUGAAUUGAAGCAGAAGAUAUUGAAAUUCAAAAGUGGAACUUCUAUGCUGCAGGAACGAAGCCUGUGGGUCACACAACAGCAAUUACAGAAGGUUUACCAAAAAGUCCUGGUGCUAGACUUAGACUAUGCUCUGGAGAAGAAGGUGGAGCAAGACCUGUGGAAUGUGGGCUUCAAGCAACAAAUUGAGGCACUACAAGCCAUCUCGAAGGAUAGGAAGAGCCAUCUCCGCAGCGAAGGGCAGGCGAUGCUGGCGUGGGUGCUGCAGGCCGCCGCCGGGUUCUACCUCUGCCUGCUCCAUCAGAUCUGCACCACCUUCAAACUUGACUUGCCAUUCAGACGACGCGCCUCGCUGCUAGGCUGGGUGGAAGGCUGGGGCGCGGGCGAGGCCACCGGAGGCGCGCGUCUACCGCCGCCUGCCGCUGCUCGGUACAUCUGCCAACACUGCUUAGUACACCUGGGCGACUUGGCGCGGUACAGGCAGCAGCUGCGAGUGGCUCAUACAUUCUACAGGCACGCGCUGGUGGUGUCGGCGCACUCGGGGCAGCCGUACAACCAGCUGGCGCUGGUGGCGUGGCGGCGCGGGCGGCGGCUGGGCGCGCUGUACUGGCACGUGCGCUCGCUGCUCGUGCGCGCGCCCUUCCCGCCCGCGCCCGCCAACCUGGCUCGCACGCUCGCGGCCGCCGCCGGCGGCAGCCUCAGCACUCUACCCGUGCUUCCCGGAGUCAGCGGCGCAAACGGCGCGGGCGCGGCGGGCGGACGGCUGCACGCGCCCGGCUACGUCACCGCGCUCAUACGGGCCGCGCAUAUGAUACACAACGUGGAGCAACUGGAGACCGCCGAGACGAUAGUAGAGUCCCUCAACUCGUCGCUGACAGCUCUCAUAGCCACUGACAGCUUUGAGUCCAUGACGCUCAUCAAGAUGAGCUGCGUGCUGAUAUGGCUGGUGCACUCAUCUAACGAGGACUUCAAAGUGGAUCGCGCUGCGUUGAGCGACGGCGAGGCACAAGCGGCGCGGCUGAGCGAAGAGUUGUCGGCGGCCGCCAUGUUGGCUCUCCUACUACCCGCAUAUACGCUUCAGGCGCCACCGGAGAGAGCGUUGCCUGCACUGAAAGUGUGGCUGCAAUGGUGCGUGCAACACACGGAAUUCGUGCGGGGCGCCGCGUGGCGCGCGCGGGCGGCGCUGUGGCCGGCGCUCGCUCACACGCUUAACGCGCUGGCGCCGCUUGCGGGUCAUAUCACGCCGCACGCUGCGUAUGAAACGGUGCCAUUACCAGAAGACGAGGAGCUUCACGGGUUCUUACCUCUGGAAGAGGAGUUGAAACCACUGCGGUUCGCCAACCACGCCGCUUGGGACGCGUACGGAGGCCGCGUGCCUGACGUGCCGGAAUCCGCGCCCGAUGACGAUCCCCCAGCCGAAGUCCCUGCGAGCUGUCUUAGCAGCGAGCCGGAAUUGGAGCGGCGGUUGCGCGCACUACGAUUGGUGCGAUUGGGCCGUCGCCUGGCUGAUAUGUUUCCCGAACACCUGCAGUGCAAUGAAGAAGACGGCGUCCGCUUCACCGCGACAUCGGUAGGAGGUGAACAGCUGUCGGCCGCGCUGGCCGAGCUGUCGCUUGCGCGCGUGGCUGGCGGGGAGGGGGCCGACGAGGGGGAAGGGGAAGACGACAGCGACGACGAGCCCGAGCGCGCGCCGCCGCCGAUAGUGAUCUCAGAGGCCGACUUCAGGGAGAAGGUCCGAGAGAAGCGAGUGGGUAUUCUAAAGCCGCAAGGUUCGCUGGAGAGAGCGAGGGAAGAACGCGCGAUGGCCAGCACACAAGACGACCCGGAGUCAGACGGCGCCGAAGACAUCAGUAAAAGCGAAGAUAAGAAGGACCUUCGUAAGCCGCGAGUCAACAUCGCAAUGGCAGCAAUCAUGAGAAAGCAAGAAGAAUCCAACAAACAGGUGAAAUUCGUAACACCACCACCGACCCCAGACACUACCGGGGACUCCACCGAAGCAAAAGAUCAGGACAAACCUAAGGUCAUCCAACCCAAAGCCAUCAAGAAUCUCGCCAAUCUUCCCCUGGGAAGGAAAACCGGCGGGAUCCUCUCGCUGAAGGACAAGUCUGCCGGGUACCCGCAUCUGCAGAACACAGACCCGGAACCACCCAAGAAGGACAAAGAGGACAAAAAGGAACCGAAACCCAACCAGGGAUCGAGUCAGAAUUCGCAGCAGAGUUACCAGCCGAAGAGGCAGGACAUGCCCCCACCGAAUUGGAGCCCAAAUAUGCCUCCACCGAAUAUACCAUACGACGGCCCCAGGGUGAACUUCCAGAAGAAUUACGGCAUCCAAAACGCUGGGAUCUCAUACAACCCCAACUACCCGUCUCCACCUAACGUCAACAACCAGGGCAUAAGACUUCCAGUGGUAAAUCCCAAGGAGAUCGACGUGCGCACCGCCGCGCUGCAGAAGCAGAACUCGCGGCAGGAGCUCUUCCAGGACGGACACAAGUUCGGCAACUACUCCUACCACGUGUCCGGCGACAAGAAGAACUUCCUGAACGACCUCCCGCCGCGUUUUGCCAACCAGUACCGCAACUGGCAGGCGGCCCAGGACAGCCAGUUCAACGACAACAAAUUCCGCGACGACAGUUUCAAGCCGAACGCUUUGUUCAACUCCCAACAGCCUAAUUGGGCCAACCCGCCGCCGGAAAACUACCCAACCCAGCCGAUGCCGUGGUGGAAACCGGAGAACCCGCCUCCCAACUUCAGCAACUCGCCGAGUUACUCGCCAGCGAUGGGCAUGCAGCCCAACUUCUACUCGCACGUCGCUCCCAACCUGCCUAACUACCAAAACAUGCCGUCGUUCAACCAGAUGCAAAACCAAAGCGUAGGGCAGCAGAAGCCGGAGAACGUGCCGAACUACUUGCCCUCGACUAUAGGUCAGCCGCAGCUCCAGACCUUACAGAAUAUGGUCAGCUCGCCGAACUUCAAUUCAUCGCUGAACAACUUCGGGUCGUACGCGCCUACAGUCGGGUACGACUCGGCAAUGUACCCUCAGUUUAACAACAACAAAGUGGGUUACCAGCCGAUGCAGAUGAAGAUGAUGGACAAGCCGUCUAUGGAGUACCAGGCCAACAAGAACCUCAUGGACAUCGGCGGGCUCGGGUUCGGGUCCAUCGCCAUGGACAUGCAGCAGAGGAAUUUGGGCAUCAAGUUUCCAGACAACAUGAGCAGCGAUAACGGUGCUAAAAAUAUGGACCCGAUUGCGAGCGGUUCGAGCGCAGGCGAGGUGGGCGGCAACACGUACUCGCUGUUCAGUGGAGCGCCCGACUCGCCGGCCUGGGGCGCUUCCCAUCACCACCCGCAACAGUCUCUAUGGUCGGGCCCGGGCCCGUCGCCGCUAGAGCGGUUGUUGGAGCAGCAGAAGCAACUGAAGCAGCCGCCCGCGCCGCACUGACGCUCCACUCCUGCCCCAAGUGACCUCCCAAAUUAUGCGUAGCCACUGCCAGAUUGAAAGGCGGUACAGGUGCUUACACUUUUAUACUCACAUACUUACAUUCCCUCGUGUCUAUAUUUUAGCUUUGAACUGGAUUUUGCAAUCGAGAUAUAUUUUUUUACCUCAAAACUCAGCUCGGUGUUAAAUCCAGUUUUGAUGUAGUACUUCUUCUGUAGAAAAUGACAUUUACAUUGUUUCCUGACGAUUGCAAUAAUCGUUUGAAUAUAGGAUAAACAAGACCCUGACAUGCAAGUGAAGAGUUACGCGCAUCUUUUUGAUACCGCCUUUUAGUUUAGGUUUGUAAUAAAAUUAUUUGUAUCGAUACAAACUCGUCCGGUUCGAGUGGACUUUUAUAUCGAUUGGAACUGCCAAGGUUCUAAAAAGUAAAUUAUGCAUAAAGGAAACUAUGAUUUUAUGGAGUGUAUGUACAUUUAUUUAUGAAUCAGUGUUGCUUUGCGUGCUGUAUACGCCAUAAUAGUCACUCCGUUACCAAUUUUAUGUAUUCCCUGAUAUUUUUGUGGGAACAAAGACAUGUGUACUAUUUAUUUUCUGGUCGGUUAUAAUAGUCGUUUCUGUAGUGAGUUUAUAUAAAUUUUGUAGUUAUUAAGUAAUGCAAUAUCUGUUUGGGCAAUUUGUUUGGUUACACCGUUUCUAAAUAUUGACCAUGCUCGUAAAGCUCGUAUUAUCCGAAUAUACGGAAAUAACAAUAUUAUGUCAGUGCUCAUACAAAUAAAAAUUAUAAUUAUCCGUGCUAAAAAAAAUCAAUUUUGUCGUACGCGUCAAAUGCCUACAAAGAAACCCAAAUAAAUAGGUUUUUUUUAUGUAAAAUAAUUGUUGUGGUAAUGUCCUUAUUCACUUUACUAGUAAAUAUCACUUAUUCAAUAUUCUUUAAUUAGAAAUUUCAGGUCCUUAUUACAAAAUGAAGCCCGAAAUUAAGCGCAAACUCAAUCAUAGUUCGAAUUCUGUAUUUUUAAGAGUAUAUUUAAUUCAGCUUUGUUUCAUAAGGGCCUCAAACUAAAACAAUCUUAUGUGUGUAAACUUUCCUCAGCUUCAAUUUUUCGAAGACAAAAAUCUCAGUUUUCAUCUUUUGUUAUGUUCGUAUUUAUAAUUUUACUGUGUCUAAUUUACGGAUGCCACAUGAUUAUCAGAACUCUUGGGAAUUUUAUAAUUCCCAUACGAUAAAUAGUGAUAUUUAUUAGUAAAAGGUUGCAAAGUUUUAUUUUAAGUAAGUUUUGUUGUGUUUU